ACUUCGCCUGAUUGCGACGGUUUGGUGGUGUUAUGGAACAGAUGGAUACGGACCAGUCCAACAAUUUGGAACCUGUCGUUGUUACACAUACACUUCCUACCAUACUCUGCUGUACUUGUGGUGUUCCCAUUAGCCCAAACCCUUCUAAUAUGUGUGUCAAUUGUAUUCGCAGUCGAGUGGAUAUAACGGAAACGAUACCGAAACAGAUAACUCUGUAUUUUUGUAAGUUUUGUAGUAAAUACCACGUGCCCCCUAGUAAUUGGGUUUAUUGCGAACCUGAAAGCAAGGAGCUUUUAGCCCUCUGCGUUGCCAGGAUUCGUGGUUUGAACAAGCUUCAUUUGGUUGACGCCAACUUUAUUUGGACGGAACCCCAUUCCAGAAGAAUCAAAGUGAAACUAACUGUUCAAAAGGAAGUUUUUAAUCACACCAUUCUUCAACAAUCUUUUAUCGUAGAGUAUUGCGUAGAUUAUCAGCAGUGUUAUGAGUGUCGUGCGAAGUCGGCAAAAAUGGACCCUUGGGAGGCAGUUGUCCAGGUUCGUCAGCGAGCGGAUCAUAAGAAAACUUUUUAUUUUUUGGAACAAUUGAUUUUAAAGCAUAAUGCACAUGGCAACACGUUGAGUUUAAAAACGUUGAGGGAUGGUUUAGAUUUCUAUUUCCCAAAUAAGAGUGCAGCUCUUAAGUUUGUUGAUUUUUUGCAUCAUGUCGUCCCUGUACGGAUGAAGAACUCGGAUCAUUUGGUUUCACAUGACCCUCACAAUACUACGUACAAGUACAAAUAUUCAUUUUCUGCAGAACUUCCUCCAGUUUGUAGAGAUGAUUUGGUUUGUUUACCCAAAAAAGUUUCGACUAGUCUUGGUGGAUUAGGUCCUUUGGUAUUGGUGUCCAAAGUGUCACAGAAUCUUUGUUUUAUUGAUCCUCUAACCCUACAAACAGGAGAAUUGUCUGGAUAUCAGUAUUGGAAGUAUCCCUUUUUGUCAUUGCUCACUAGUCGCAGACUUGUAGAGUUUACAGUGUUGGAUUGUGAGUUGACCGGAGAAUCCCAAAAAAAGUAUUGUAUGGGUGAUGUGACUGUAAGUCGUUCAUCAGACUUGGGUAUCACCGAUAGACAAUUUUACAUUCGUUCUCAUGUUGCCAAGUUUCUAAAAGCGGGUGAUUUAGUUUUAGGUUAUGACCUAGAAAGUGCUAAUUAUAAUGACAGUGUAUUGGACGAGUAUCGUUCUUUGCAAUUACCUGAUGUUAUUCUUGUUCGCAAGACUUAUCCUACAAAGAAUCAAGCAAAGAGACGUCGUUUCAAGCUAAAGCGACUUGCCAAGAAAGCUUCUCAAAAUAGUGCAAUGCAGAUGGAUUCAGAACAUAAUGACUAUGAUAAUCCAGAAGAGUUUGAAGAGUUCUUGCAAGAUUUGGAACAAGACAUCGAGUUGCGUUCCAACAUUCAGCCUCUGAAGAUGAUAAUGACUAUCCACAAGUUGGUGUCGAAGAGCUUUUAGAAGACUUGCAUUUGGAAGAUGGGGA